AUGUCAAGUGCACGGCUGUCAACUUUUUGGGUCUUACGCGGUCCGAGGUCUUUUUACCGCUUCUCCUCGUUCCAGUCCAAGACGCCAGCUGUUACUGAGCCUUUGGGAUAUCCUUAUUUUUGCAAGAAAUUCCGGUCUGAGAUUGACUUGUUCAAGAAGUAUUGCGCAUCUGAUUCCAGUGGCAAUCUGGACUUGUUUAGGAGCCUUCACAGAUACAAUAAGCAUGUUUCCAAUAAAGAACGCCUCUCGCUUUUCGUCACCACAUUGAAACGUAAUAAGCAGUUUUACGAUUACUUGAUGGCACAACUUAAUCCGUCCGGAACAUCACACAAUCUUGUAUCUCCUCCGGCGCAAUCGGGGCAGUCAGAAACCAUUGGCUCUCUUCUUACAAAGGUUGAGGAAUCUCCCAAGUCAGAGCCACAGCAAAGUCCUGCGAUAGUAAAGAAGAAGAAACCUGAUGCGUCGUUCAAGGAUCUCCUCAGUUCCAUCAACAAGAUCCAGAAAAAGGAAUCGUAUCACCACCAUGAUCUCCCCAGAAUGACCAAUUUUACCCCAAUGCCAUCCUACCGCCCUUUCAUCAUGAGCAUAGAUCAGGCACCUUCUAAAGCUCCUGCCGAACUAGAGUCCUUUUUACAAGAAGCGAAGCACCAAAAUGACGUGACACAAGAACAGUUAUUUAAAAGCAUACAGAAUUACGAGUGGGCUAGACAGCAGACUUCUAAGGAUCCCCGAUCCUUUGAGGCUGGCAACUUCUUCACGCCUGUGCUUGUUCCAAACACAUUUGUUCCUAGCAGUAUCUUUGCAGGCCAUAACAACUCCACGAUAGACUUGUUCCCUUCCCUAGCGUCAGAAAAAGACAUGCCAAAGGGAUAUGAGUUUAUGAUAUUGCAUGAAAACGGAGAGACAGAGAAAGUGCGAGAAUAUGAUCCUCAUGAUGUGGAACCUCAAAAGCGCAACGUUUCGAGGCUAUUAGCCCAAUUACGGUCACCCGAAGCCUAUAUCAAAAAUAUCAACAAGCUGAUAGCUCAAAACUGGCACCUUCUCGAUGGAGAUUCGGAUAAGCUAGUGUUUUUCAGGAAGAAGUCCACCAAGUUCUACCUGUGGGCAAGAAAUAGUCUCGCGGUCGUUGGUUUAGGUUUUCUCGUUAUUCUUGGCCUAAGCUAUUUUGUGGAUUCCGACGAGAUCGCACAGCUCGCAGACUACAAGGACUCCAGAAAAAACAAAGAUACAACUUUCACAUGA